AUGGAAACAUUUAAUAUUGAAAAUUUAAAAUUAAAACAAAAUUUGCGGGUGGAGGCGGAAAGAUACGAGCAGAGGCACGUUGCCAUCCAUCAAGAUAAUUUCACUGAUCGAUCACCUGAUUACGAAGAAUGCUCAGAACUUCAGAUGAAAACGAGUGGAUGGGGUAACAGCAACAGCGCAUAUAAGUAUUUGAUCCCAGAAAAUAGAAAUCAUCUUAAGGAAAAAGAUCCAAAUGUUAAGCUUAUUUAA